GAAAAUGGCUUCUAAGUUUUCAGAGGAGGAUUUCUCCUGUCCUGUGUGCUUUGACAUCUUCAAGGAUCCAGUUCUCCUACAGUGUAGUCACAGUGUGUGUAAAGUGUGUUUGGAGCAAUGCUGGAAGAACAAAGGAUCCAGAGAAUGUCCUGUUUGUAGGAAAAGAUCAUCCCUUAGUCAUCUACCCAUAAACUUUGCUUUAAGAAGCCUGUGUGAGACUUUCUUACGAGAGAGAAGUCAGAGAUCUUCACCAGUGACUGAAACAAUCUGCAGUCUGCAUAGUGAGUUGUUCAACCUAUUCUGUCUGGAUGAUAAAGAGCCGUUGUGUGUGGUGUGUCAAACUUCAAGAAAACACACUGACCACAAAUUCUGCUCCAUUGACGAGGCAGUAACUGACUGUAAGGAGGAGCUGCAAACUGCACUGAAGCCCCUACAGGAGAAACUGAAGAUCUUUCAAGACUGUAAACUGAACUGGAGUCAGACUGCAGAACAUAUAAAGAAUCAGGCCCAACACACAGAGUGUCAGAUUAAGGAGGAGUUUGAGAAGCUUCACCAGUUUCUACGAGAUGAAGAGGCAGUCAGGAUCACUGCACUGAGAGAGGAAGAGGAGCAGAAGAGUCAGAUGAUGAAGGAGAAGAUUGAGAAGCUGAGCGGAGACAUAUCAUCUCUUUCAGACACAAUCAGAACCAUAGAAGAGGAGAUGGGAGCCGAAGACGUCUCAUUCUUACAAAACUACAAGGCCACAGUGAAAAGAGCCCAGUGCACACUGCAGCAUCCAGAGGAGCUUUCAGGAGCACUGAUCCAUGUGGCAAAACAUCUGGCCAACCUGAAGUUCAGAGUCUGGGAGAAGAUGCAGGACGCUGUUCAAUACAUGCCUAUAACACUGGACCCAAACACUGCCCAUCAUUUCCUCAUUGCAUCUGAUGAUCUGACCAGUGUGAGAGUCAGUGAAGAGGAACAGAAGCUGCCAGACAAUCCAGAGAGACUAGAUGCUUGCUUAUGCAUCCUGGGCUCUGAGGGCUUUAACUCAGGGACACACUGGUGGGAUGUUGAAGUUGGAGAUUGUGCAGCCUGGUCACUGGGUGUGAUGACAGAGUCUGCUCAGAGGAAGGGAGAGAUAAACUCCAGAAGUGGACUCUGGUAUAUGUGGUAUUAUGAUGGCAAAUAUGGAGGAGGUUAUACACCAAAGCCACACAGUCUCUUCUCAUUAGAAAAGAAGCUUCAGAGGAUCAGAGUGCAACUGGACUGGGAUGGAGGAAGACUGUCAUUCUCUGACCCUCUUACGGGCACACAUAUACACACUUUCACACACAAAUUUACUGACAAAUUACUGCCGUAUUUAGCUAUUGGUUCUGAAGCAUCUCUGAAGGUCCUCCCCGUUCAGCGCGAUGGAAAUGUAAAUCACAUAAGGUGUACAUAAGCUCAGCUCGUUACGUUGUUAGUUGCAUAGAACAGAGUUUUCUGACAGAACUAUGGGUCUCAGGUAUUUAUUAUUUUAAUCCUGAACUUAAAUUAGAUGUUCUUGAAUGAUAUCCAUGCCAACUAACUGCAUUUACAAUCAUCCCUUUGGGCUUAAUCCUUACAAUUUACAUCACUUGGGCACCAUAAAUACACCAAUAUUGAACAUACAGGGUUAGUCAAAAUUAUGUUAACACGAAUGGAUUAUUUUUCUCCUGCAGAUAGACGUACGCCAUCAGUGACAUUUCCCCAUGAAAUGUGUGUCUGGGCUUUAAAUGGUACCAUUGCUUGCUGGUUUUUGUGUGUUGAACACGAUGGUGAACAGGUUGAGACUGUCCUGUAAAUCAUCUUGCACAUACAGUAUGAUGUAUGUUUUGUGAAUGAAAGGUUUCUACCAUUUAAGUGUUAACAUAAUUUUGACUAACCCUGUAUUUAUCCAAUAAUGUCAUGUUGAAUUACAUGACUCAUGCUGCUAAGCCUCCUACAUUCUGCACACUGUAGAAUUUGUUUGGUACCAAUGAAAAUAUUCAUGUUGUUAAUCAUUCUAAAGCCUCUAACACAGUACUAAGUCAUAGUCAAAUCCAUGAGGUUAGAUGUAGCAUGGGUUUUCUAAAGUCUAUGUCUUCAUGAUGUCGUCUAAAACCAUAACAGAAGCAAAAAAAAAUCAAGAUUGACAGGGGUUAGCUACAAAAGUUGGGACCUUCAUUUGUUUUUUAAUGGUGUGAUUAGCCAGGAAAUUACAGCCAUGUUUUUAGCCAGAGUUUUCAGGUAUCUUCCAUACUGUCAAAGCAUGAAGUCAAUAAUCACUUGGUCUGAGCAGUUACCAGCUGCCGAAACACAGGCCAUACAGUGGUGCUUGAAAGUUCGUGAACCCUUUCGAAUUUUCUAUAUUUUUGCAUAAAUAUGACCUAAAACA